GUUCUUCGAUCGACGUCUACCCCGUCACAUCGCGUAGCUCGCCGACUAUGUGAAAACGGUUCUUUAUAAUAAUAAUAUUAUUAAUUAAUUGAUAUUAUCACAACCUAUCCGUACACCAAAUUCCAUCACGUUUACCGUCGCCGAGCGGUGUAUUGCAUAAUCAUAUUUUUGAGACCAUCAUCUCGUCCGAUUUCCAACCACCGUCGGUCACCAACACCAUCGUCAUGAUCCGGUCACCGUUCAACGCGGCGCUGUUGCUGGCCCUGCUUCUGGCUGGACCCGCGGUCACGUCCUCGGUGGACAGCAACGACGUGGACGACGGCGAGGAGAACCCGUUCCUGGAAGCGGCCAAGUCGCUGCUGCAAGACUCCCUGGCCAGCGGACAGGGCGGCGGUGCCGCCGCCGGCUUGGGCUCCGUGCUCCAGUCGUUCAUGCAGACAGAGGGCGCCAAGUCCGGGCUGGGAUCGAUCGUUUCCGGUCUGGCGGCGGCCAAGGGUUCCGUCGACCCACAGAUGAUCGGCCAACUCGUCGGCAUGUUUGCCGGCGGUGCGGCUGCGGACAAAUCGUCGUCCGGCAACGACGACGGGCCCGGUGUGGACUGGAGUUCCAUGAUCGACUUGGCUUCCGGAUUCAUGUCAUCGACGGCAGGCACAGGCCAGGGUUCGUCGAUCGAGGGUUUCAUGAACGUACUUCCUGUGUUGGUGAAUGCGUUCAGUGGCGGUCACAAGCAUUCCGACGAUCCAGAAGUGGAGGAUUUCGAAGAACACGAGCGACACGCUAGGGCCUCGACCUUCCUGCCACCGUUCCUGAGCAGUGCAUACGUGUACUGGGAACAUUUCAAAAACAGCGAGCUAGGUACGACCUUGUGGAAGAACAGUGGCCUGGGCAGCAUCUUGAAGCUGUUUAUCGAUAGGGACGGUCACUUCCAAGUGGACAAGAUAUUCGAGUCUAUGGAAAACGCCACGUUCAGGCGACGAUGGGUCAGGAGUCUGACCAGUUUUGUCGCUGAAUGGAUUAAACACGUCUCCGACCCGAACACACAAGCCAGAUAUUUGUCGACGACACAAUUUAUCAUGAACGGAUUCUUAAAGUCUCAAGGUUAUUCUAAAGCAGCCCAAUUCGAUCAAGCAAGGCCAGCGGAAUCGUUGAGUUUCCUGGCCGACGCCGUGUUUAAACGACAGUUUGGACUCAAAGUAAAUUCUGCAACUUACAUCAAACCUGCGAUAGCAUAUAUACAAGAAGUGUUUAGAUUGGGUCAAAGCAAAGGAUUGAGUUUGCAACAUUUAACCUCUAAGGAAAUCGAAGAAAAACUAUCGGAACUGUUAAAUCACGAAAUAAUUGACCCGGUGCUCAGAGUAUGGAGGGUGUACAGGUUCGUAGGCAAGAAACCAGAAUGUGAUCGUUACUUGGUGUGCAGUAUUAAUCGUAAAGGGCAAUACCCAGAUAGCAAAACAGGACUCAAACCAGGUGUCACAAAACUCUCCAGUUUAAUCGCUUCUUGGUUCCUGUCCGGUCAAACGGGAACACCGUUCUGGAAACUUUACAACGCUGCAACCGAAGACCACAACUGUUCGACUAAAUAUUCAGCCAAUUGUCAAGAAUUCCACGAAGAGGAUUUGAAAGCUACGACUGAAUAUUUCCACAACGAACUCUAAGUGUAAAAAAAAACAAUAAAAAAAUAUCGAUAAUUGCGGAUAAACAUUAUGGAUAGUUUCAAAGGCUGUUUCAUCAAUUUCGGUUUUUGAACAUUUUAUAUAUAAUAUGUAUUUUAACUCUAAACGGGGUGUACACUAGGUACUCGGGUACUUAAACCUAGUUUAAGCCACCAUUGAUAUACUACCUUAAUUUUGUUUUAUAAUUUUUUUUUUUAUAUUUAUAUAUUAUGUACACAUUAACUAAAUUAUUUUUAGCAUACGAUUUACUGUUAGGUAAUUUUUUUGCAGAACAAAAUAACUGCAAUCCACUUUAUAUAGGUAUUUUACCAUCCCGAAAUAUUUUAAUAGGGGACUUUAGUAAUACCUUUUAUAGAAGUGCAGAUGGAACUCAAACGAUAGGUAUAUUUUGUAAUAUAUUUUAAGUUCCAAACAAAUAAUUAUGUCUUUCAUACUAGAUCCAAUUACCGUUAGUUGACAAUACACAGUCCUAACUGCAAAAAAAGCAAAAUCAAUAUUAUAUUAUAUCGAUAAAGUGUAUUGGUAUAUUAAUAUUAAUUUAAUAGCUUCAUAAAAUAUUUAAUUGAUAUUGUAAUUCGUUUUCUACAAUAUAUUUAAAUAUAUACCUAAAUUAUUUGUA